UUAUGUUCUUUCCACUUCCGGAUUAUGGCCCCAAGAGUGCUCACUGGAACGUUCAGAAGUCCUUCUGUAACCAAUGCUAUCAGUAUGUUUUGCAACAAUAAGGUUGCGAAGGUCUUCAGAGUGCUCUUUGCUUUUACCCAUCAUGAGAUGCUUCUUGUGUGACACCUUGGUAAUGAGACACUUUUUUAUAGGCCAUCAGUUGGGACUGAACCAGCUGAUAUUAAUUUGCACUGAAGGGGCAGGAUUGCUUUCUAAUUACUGAUAGAUUUCAGCUGGUGUCUUGGCUUUCCAUGCCUUUUUGCACCUCCCUUUCUUCAUGUGUUCAAUACUUUUUCCCUGUGUCAUUCCAUUUUAUUACACAUAACUUAAUUUCUGAACUUAUUUGUUUUGUUGUAUGUAUGGAUUACUUGGGUUGUUACCCACAUCUGGUGAAAAUUUCAUGUCAAUAGCACCUUUAGAAAUAUAUUUACUGAGAAAAACAGUGACGUGUUCAAUACUUAUUUUAGCCGCUGUAUGUGUGAGGCGAAGAAUCUGCUGUAAAAGCCUACAAUGCCAUGUCGAAACAGCAAUUAGUCACACAUAAUAUAUCACUCUCCUGUUUGUAGCUUGAGUAGAAUGAUGUUUUUGUGGAAACUUUUGGCGCACAUCUAGAGGUCCCCCUUGUGGCUGAAUACCUCGCAGUGUGUCAAUUAGGUAACCCCAGACAAAUCUGCAUCAGACAAUCCCCGGCCAGUCAAUCCAGAAACUCAAGGAUUUGUCGCACUCCUGCCAUUACAGCAUUUCUCCCUCAGCAGUAUGGCAGACUUUCUUUGCAGGCUGUGCCAUCUCCCUCCUAAGGCUACUUCACAAACAGUCAAGGAGCGUGGCAAAUGGGGAAGCAAAACAGAGUUCCUUCUGUCUGCGGCUGGUGCUAUUAUUGGACUUGGAAAUGUGUGGAGAUUUCCAUAUCUGUGUUACAAGAACGGUGGUGGUGCAUUCUUCAUUCCUUACAUCCUGUUCCUUGUGGCCUGUGGCAUUCCUCUGUUCAUGCUGGAGGUAGCACUGGGCCAGUACACCAGCCAGGGAGGAAUCAUGUGCUGGAGGAUGGUCUGCCCCUUGUUUGAAGGCAUGGGAUUCGCCAGCCAAAUCAUCCUUUUCUAUGGAUGUAUCAGCUAUGUUGUGAUCUUAGCCUGGGCUUUUUUCUACCUUUUCUCUUCCUUCUCUGCUGAGCUCCCAUGGGCCAGCUGUAAUAACUCAUGGAAUUCAGAUUCUUGUAUGAUAUUGAACAACUUUAAUUCCACCGUUAACUUGACAUCGCCUGUGAAUGCAUCAUCAUCUGUAUCAGAGUUCUGGCAACGACGGGUGCUCAAUAUAUCCACCGGCAUAGAGGCUCUGGGAAGCAUACAGUGGGAGCUUUGUUUGUACCUUCUUCUGGCCUGGGUCAUCUGCUACUUCUGUGUCUGGAAGGGAGUGAGAUCCACAGGAAAGGCGACCUACGUCACAGCGACAUUCCCCUUCUUUAUGUUGGCGGUGCUGUUUCUCAGAGGAAUGACCCUUCCUGGAGCCCUCCAUGGCAUCAAAUACUACCUGUACCCCAAUCCUACACGGCUCACUGACCCGCAGGUUUGGAUGGAUGCUGGAACCCAAAUAUUUUAUUCCUAUGCCAUAUGUUUGGGAUGCCUGACUACGCUUGGGAGCUACAACAAGUACAACAACAACUGUUACAGAGACUCCUUCUAUCUUUGCUUGUUGAACAGCGGGACCAGCUUUAUAUCUGGCUUUGCCAUUUUCUCAGUCCUGGGCUACAUGUCCCAAAAACAGGGUGUCGACAUUUCUUUAGUUGCUGAGUCAGGCCCUGGCCUUGUGUUCAUAGUCUACCCACAAGCUGUGACCCUUCUGCCGUGGCCCCAGGUCUGGUCUGUGUGCUUCUUCACCAUGAUCAUCUUGUUAGGAAUAGACGGACAGUUUAUUGGGCUUGAAAGCAUCAUGACCUCUCUGUCAGACGUCUACCCUUCCCAGAUCCGAAAAGGAUUUCGCAGAGAGCUUAUUCUGAUGCUGAUCUGUACUUUUGGCUUUGUGUUUGGCCUCUUGUUGGUGUCACAGGCUGGCGCAUACAUUCUUCAUAUCUUCGAUCACUAUGUAUGCAGUGGUCCCACUCUUCUUCUGAUGGCAAUCUUCCAGUCAGUGGUUAUUGGAUGGAUUUAUGGUGCUGAACGCUUCUGUGACAACAUUGAGGACAUGAUUGGGUACAAACCUGUACCAAUGCUCAAGUACUGCUGGUUGUAUGGAACCCCUCUUAUUUGCAGUGGCACACUUGUGUUUUUGCUCCUGAGAUACAACCCCUUGAGGUUCAACAACUCCUAUGUGUAUCCUUGGUGGGCGUACUGCAUCGGCUGGUUUCUGGCCAUGUCCUCUCUUAUGAUGAUUCCAGUGAUCAUGGUCUGGAAACUGGCCAAAGCAAAAGGGAAUCUCUGGCAGCGUUUCAAGAUGAGCUCCCAACCUGCAGGUGAGUUUCCAGUGAUGACAAAGGAAAGCGCCUCACUACACGUCCCUGAUGGUGGACAAGACAGCAAUUUGUAAUGAAUUGCCAACCCUUUAAAAAAAUACUUUUUGUUUUGUGUAGUGCAAGUUAGGGUGGUUAGUAUUCAUUUACUUAUUUUAAGGUGUGGUUAAGGUUUACAGUAUAUUAAAUGUCUAAUGUAAAUAGGGGUGACCCCGAAUAGUCAACUACUCAAUCAAGUAGCCUGUUUUGAAUGCCAAUCUCACGGUCGAAUCUUUGUAGUGACUAGGAAAUGUGGCACUGAAACUAAAGUUCAUUCAUAAAUAACAACAAGGCUGUUUCAAAUUAAAGAAAAGGGCCUACAUAUAUUAAUCAGAGCACUCAUUAUUUUGAACAAUUUCCCCAAAUGAACAAGGUGAGGCUCGUAGAAAGUGCUUUUUGCGGCACAUGUAAAAACUGUUUACAACUUACAUCUCUCUCCUGUUGACUUGGAAUUAGCACCGAAAAGUUUUAUUUACAACCACCAGUAUUAAGGACAGCACCGCAACUACACACACACACACACACACGCACACGCACACACACACACACACACACACACACACACACACACAACAAGCGGCUCUGUCCAUUAGUCUGAAACAGCUAAGCCAUAGUAAACUGUAUA